UGACUUAGGUUAUCAGCUACAUCCACUUUCCAUCUUCCUAGUCAUACCACAAAAACGAGGUAUUUUGACACUCAAACUUUCAGUGUUCAAACAUUCUUAUUCCUGGAACAAUUUCAACCAAGAAAACAUACCCAAAACCAACACAAUUGCAAACAUUUCAGCUCACCAAAUCAAACUGAUUAUGCAAAACUAAGCACGCCAAGAAACACAAGGCAUGCUGUGCACCACUUCAUAUAACAUACAUGACCAACACCACCCUCCAAUAUUACACUUCAAAACAUACCAAUACCAUGCAUUCCCACAUUCCUUUCCAUUACAACGCCAUGACCAAACCAAGAACCCUCAACCUCACCUUCUUCAUGCAAGACAUCCAAAUUUUUGAGAUUUUCCUUGCGGUUCUUGUCUUCCUACUCAUUCAUUCUCUUAGACAAAAGAGGCACCAUGGCCUAGUCGUUUGGCCUGUCCUUGGAAUGGUUCCAUCUUUGGUCACAGGACUCAGAACAAACUUGUAUGAAUGGAUCACAGAAGUGCUCAAAAGGCAAAACGGGACAUUCAGAUUCAAAGGGCCUUGCUUUAGCAACCUCAACUGCAUUGUCACUGCUGAUCCUCGCAACAUGGAGCACCUUCUCAAAACCAAGUUCCCUCUGUUCCCUAAGGGAGGAUACUUCAGGAACACGGUUAGAGACCUGCUAGGAGAUGGUAUAUUCAAUGCAGACGAUGACACCUGGCAGAAGCAAAGGAAAAUAGCAAGCAUUGAGUUUCAUUCAACCAAGUUCAGACAAUUAACAACGGAAUCCUUGUUCGAGCUUGUCCACUAUAGGCUCUUGCCUGUGUUAGAGGCAUCGGUUAAGAAAUCGGUUGCAAUAGACCUGCAAGACAUUCUCUUAAGGCUAACUUUUGACAAUGUUUGCAUGAUUGCCUUUGGUGUUGAUCCAGGUUGUUUGCGCCUGGGUUUACCUAAGAUACCAUUUGCCAAAGCCUUUGAGGAUGCAACAGAAGCCACAGUGUUUCGUUUUGUUACCCCAACGUGCGUUUGGAAGGCCAUGAGGCUUCUCAACCUCGGGGUGGAAAGGAAGCUGAAGAAGUCCAUAAAAGGGGUUGAUGAGUUUGCUGAGAAUGUCAUUCGGACUAGAAAGAAAGAACUCUCUUUGCAAUGUGAAGACACCAAUAAUAGGUCAGAUUUGUUAACUGUGUUCAUGAGGCUGAAGGAUGAGAGUGGAAGACCCUACUCGGAUAAGUUUUUGAGGGAUAUAUGUGUGAACUUUAUAUUGGCAGGGAGGGACACCUCUUCGGUUGCUUUGAGUUGGUUUUUCUGGUUGCUUGAACAGAAUCCUGAAGUGGAGGAGAAUAUUCUAGCAGAGAUAUGCAUGUUGGUGAGUCAAAGGAACGACAUAAAAAGGGAAGAGUUUGAUAAUUCUUUGAGAUUUAGGCCGGAGGAGAUCAAGAAGAUGGACUAUUUGCAUGCUGCUUUAUCAGAAGCUCUCAGGUUAUACCCUUCUGUGCCUGUGGAUCACAAGGAGGUUGUUAAAGAUGACACAUUCCCAGAUGGAACGGUACUAAAGAAAGGAACAAAAGUGAUCUACGCAAUCUAUGCAAUGGGAAGAAUGGAGAGCAUAUGGGGGAAGGACUGGAAGGAGUUCAAGCCAGAAAGGUGGCUAAGAGAUGGGAGGUUCAUGAGUGAGUCUGCCUACAAAUUCACUGCAUUCAAUGGUGGUCCUCGUUUGUGCUUAGGCAAAGAUUUUGCAUACUACCAGAUGAAAUAUGCUGCAGCCAGCAUCAUAUUCCGGUACCGUGUGAAGGUGGUGGAGAACCACCCUGUAGAGCCAAAGCUUGCCUUAACCAUGUACAUGAAGCAUGGCUUAAAAGUUAACCUAUACCGCAGGGAUGUUGCACAAAUUCACAGACACUUGGAGGAAGGGUUCAAAUAAACUAAUUCAUGCUGAUCAUGCAGUAGUAAUAUAGUUUUCAGUUUGUUUCUUAUUUGGAAAGCUUGUAAGUACAAAAAUGAUAAAGGAAUUGGAUUGGAUAGAUAUAGAGCUGGAAAACGCUAAAUAAUGGAGUUCAUGUUCUGUUGAUGGGAUAUUCCAGAACUGCAUUUCCUAAUGAAUAUAUUUCUGGUCCGUGUGAAUUAGAUAGACAGUACUUUUA